ACUUUAGGACCAUGUGUCAGUGCUUGCCAGGACCUCCUCAGAUGGACACUACCCCCGGCUGCCAAGAGGACACCGGUUUCACUGAACAGGAAGGAAUCACGUCCGCCGUCAUGGCGUCUGCCAGCGAAGGUGAAGAUCAGAUGGUCCCCGAUUGUGAGGAGGAGGACAGUCCCAUUCAGGGAAUCCAAUCUCGUUACCUGCGCUGCCCAUCGCCCAGUCUCUCCAUGAUGUCAGAGUCCAGGUUUUCCAGCAUCUCAGGCUCGGAAGCCGCCAGCAUCUUCAUGGAGCCCAUCCACCUGUCAUCUGCCGUCGCUGCCAAAAAGAUCAUCAGUGAGGAGCUGCCACCUCGUGGUGCCCGCCCUGAGUCCAUUCCAGACUCCAUGCUUGAAACUGCGGACCAGCUUAUGGUGGAGGAUCUUUACAACCGAGUCAAGGAUAUGAUUGACGACCGCAGUCCUUACAACACCCCGUGUGUGCUGGACAUCCAGAGGGCCAUGGUUCAGGAGCGCCUGGAGGCCCCAAGCAGGCCUGUGGACGAGGUGUGGCCAAACAUUUUCAUUGCUGAAAAAUCUGUCGCUGUAAACAAGGCACGCCUGAAGCGAAUGGGCAUCACACACAUUCUCAAUACUGCUCACAACACAGGCGUCUACACCGGGGAGGCUUUCUAUGCCGGCAUGGGCGUGCACUACAUGGGCAUCGAGGUGGACGACUUUGUUGACUCUGACAUUUCGCCACACUUCCGGCCCACCGCUGAGUUCUUUGAUGAGGCUUUGCUUAGCCACAGAGGCAAAGUUCUGGUGAUUUCCAUGAUGGGCGUCAGUCGCUCAGCUGUUCUGGUGGCUUCUUACCUCAUGAUAUUCCAGCACAUGAGCAUCAUAGAGGCCCUGACAGCUAUUAGGAAGAAGCGGCCCAUCAACCCCAACGAGGGUUUCCUGAAACAGCUACGAGAGCUCAACGAAGACCUGAUGGAGGAGCGAGACGAUGACGACACACUGAGCCAGUGUUCCGUUAUUGAUGCACGCACCCGCGCUCUUAUUUUCGGUGAUGGAAGUGAGGAUGAUACCCAUGAGGAGGGAGAGCAAAGUAUGAUUGAGGUAAAAGCGCACUCCAUCAUGAUGGAGGAGGAGGAAGACGGUGCCAGCGUGAUGAGCAGUGUGGCCUCCUCCGCGGCUGCCGAGGCACUCAGAAGUGGAUCCAUAAGACUGCAGGCUAACAAACCUUCACGCGGUGCCGAAGAAAAGACAGUUCUGCCUGAGCAGGUGGGAAGCGGCGAAGGUGUCGUGGACGAAGAUGGUCUGGACAGCAUGAUCCAUGAGUGGCAGCGCAGAAAUGAGCAGUACCAAAGUGAGGAGUGGUGGGAGGCGCAGCUAAACAGCGAUGAGGAAGAUUCGCCGCCCGGCAUGUGUGCAGAUGCCGAUGUGGAAAGCGUCACCAGUGAGGACUUGCGUGCCAUGAAAGAACGUUUGAAGCGUCGCAACAGACGCCCUCCAUCGGACACCACGUCCACCUCCAGUUGUACCAGUUAUUCCGACCUUUGGAAGCAGCGGCUGAGGGAGAUCGAGGAACAAGCCGCAGCUCGUUAUCGCAAAAAGGAUGAUGAGAAAGGCAGUGGAAGUGACAUUACACAGGAACAAGAGACAAAGAAAAAGAUUGAAGAUGAGAUGGAGAGCAUCCUAUCAGACACAACCUCUAUGUACAACUUCUGCAAAAAGAACAAGGAAAAGAUGACUCCGUUGGAGCGCUGGCGGGUUAAGAGAAUCCAGUUUGGCUUCAACAUGAAAGACCGGGGCAACGGGGAGAACGGUUCUGUUGUUGAUGACGAGAAAGGGGACAGCGUCAAAGCUGCAACUCCAUCCUUCGAAGACGUCAACUUGACAGCAUAUCAGACAUGGAAGCGGAGGCAGCAGAGACGACUCGGCGAGGAGAACGUGGAUGAGAUUCUGGAGCUGAGUCGGGGUGAGGACUCGACGACUGUCAAGCGGAGGCAAAGGCGAGAGGAGCUCCUGGAACGGUCCAAAAAAACAUUAGAAGAGAGUCAGUCCAUGUGCGGCUGGGAGAAUGAGAGCUGUGUAAGUGGAGCUACAAUACCUCUCUCCGCCUUCUGGGCCGGAGCUGGAGUCACUGGACCGCCGACUGCCGUCAUUGACGACAACAUGUCAAUGCUCAGCGGAGGUUCCUCUGUCAUAUCAUCUGUGUCACAUGCUCGUAGUACAAAAUCAAUGCAAUCUGCAGCGCAUCCUAGUCCUAUAACACCAGUUCCUCCCAUCCUUCCAGUUCAGAGUGUUCAGGUACCUGGGGGAGAACCAAUGGUUAACCUGGCCAGUAUCCAGAACUGGAUCGCCAAUGUGGUUAGUGAAACCAUCAAACAGAAGCAGAGCGAGAUGAGCUUGCCCCCUCCGUCACGUGCAGGAUCAGAGUUGAGCUUUGCCGCUGCAUCAAGUGUGAUGUCAGGCCGAGGUGGGGACGAUGAUAAAGCAUCCAUGUUGAGUGGAGCCUCCUACUCCAGUGCAACGUCGCAGGCUCGUGGUCCGCCAUCGUCUGUUCUUGCAGGUAGCAGUUUCAGUGCACGAGGCUCUGCACUGGACACCAGGAAAAACAAAAUCACAACCACCAGCGUCCCUCUGUACAGCCUCUUCCAGGACCAGGUCGACUUGAGCAAACUAAAUGCCAUGGACAAAGAGAUCAAGACUGACAUGAGAGGCAAGAUGGAGACCUAUGAGAAGAAGAAAAUCCUGGAGGACAACAAGCGUAGCACUUUGUACAAGAAAAAGAAACCAAAGGAAGAUGGGGAUGAGGAGGAGGAGAAUCAAAGGAAAGAGGAGGACUUUCUUGAGGAGGCAAAGAAGAAAAAAGGCAAACCUGCGAGAACAUUUGGCCUCUCCGGAUGUCUGAACCUAAACCCAGCUCUGGAGAGGGACAAGAACACAAGCAUUGACGACUGGCUAAAGAGUGUCAGGCCUCCUCCGAAAAAAGCUGCAGCCACUGCAGAAAACGACCCCUACGACGACCUUGACGACUCUGCCUCCCAGUUGGACUUUUCCAGCCGCAGGGCCUCAUGUGCUAGUGAGGAUGUCGAGGAUAAGACCUACGGCGACACCGCCACAUACCUAUCUCGGCUGCGUGAAGUCAAAUCUCCUGACGACAUGGAAUAUUCCGGCCACAGCCGAGCCGGAAGGUCAUACAGCCAGAAUGAUGAGGUGCGGGAUGUCAGCUCAAGGAGGAAGUUCACUUACCCUUCACAAUACACAAGUCAUGAGACAGUGGGGGGAAGGCAGGGUGCAGAUGAUGACGAUGAGGAAGAGGACAUUGCACUGUUCAUUGCCCAAACCAGGGAGAGAGCCAAAGCUCGGGCGGCUGCUGAAGGGGAGGACAGCGAGGUGCUCGCUGCCUGGAGGGCUCAGCAGGAAGCAAAGUUGCAAAAACAUACCAAUGACUAAAGACAAACUACUGA